CCAUAAUUAGUAUUUAAUAAAUAUUUAUUGAAUGAUUAAAGGGUAACUAAGGGGAAGAAUGCUAGUCUUUCUGUAGAAAAUAGUUUCAUUUCCUUACGUGGGGUGGAAGUUCAGAGAGAACGCUUUGGGACUGAAUGGAGUUUUCAGAUUUCCCUUUCAGCACCCUUAUCCCUACUUUACCCUAGGAAGCCUGCUCAGAUCCCAGCAGACCUUGGGCAGGAGGUCCACAGGGAAAACUCAGUGGCCUUCGAUCAGCCACACCCUACCCACUUCUGCUUCCUUUUGGGCACAGGGGUCACUCCUCAGCUGUUCCCUGGCCUUUUCCCUUGAGUCCGUUUCUAUUUAAAUGUCCCCUGACUUUCCAGAGCUUUCUCCAACUCUCCCUCUCCUUGUCCCCCAAUCUCUUGCUCCGAAGGCCCAGAUGGGAAGGGGGAGGGGAGAGAGGAAAAGGGACGCCGCUGGGGCACUCCUGGAGAGAGAAGCCAGGACAACUCUCCACGCACCAUUGGCCACUCGCCGCCCCCCCCCCCACCCCCUUUCCUCGGGGCUAAUUUAUCUUAGAGGAGAAGGAGGGGGGAGGGGAGAGAAGGGGGAGGGACUGGGAGAGCCCUGGGGAGGUGGGGGUGGGGGACAGAGGUUAGGAAAGGAGAGAAGAAAGGAGGUUCGGAAAGGAAGAAGAGACUAAGGGGAGGGAGCAGAAAGGGCGGAGGGAAAGGGGGGAGGGAAGGAGUGCAGGGAAGCGAGGGGAGAGGGAAAGGAAGGAGGGCGAAGCAUUGAGAGGAAUUGGGGGAAGGAGGGAGGGGUAAAGGUAAGGGGAGGGGGCGGGGAAAGGGGCGGGAACCGAGGUAGCCGGGGAGGGAAGGAGGCGGGGGAUGGGCGGGGGAGGGGGGUCCUCCCUGCUCCGGGAGCCAGGGCCGCCCCUUGUCCGGCCACCCCCACUGCCCAGUCCCGCUCCCAGCCGCGGCAGCGGCAGCGGCAGCAGCGUCCUCAGGAUGGUCAGCGUCGCGGCCGGUCGGCCCGCCGCCGCUGCCGCCGCCCCCCCGGUCCGGCCCGCAGUCCCUGGUCCGCGCCUCUGCUCCCGGCCCGGCCCUGGUACCGGACGCCCUCCCGGCCCUCGCACACUCACCUAGAACUGGGGCCGGGAUGCCGAGCUCUGUCGAAGAUGCACUGGACACCAGAACAUGCCCAGCCCCUCAACCAGUGGCCGGACCAGCACCUGGAUGUCUCUUCCACCACUCCGUCGCCGGCCCACAAGCUGGAGCUGCCCGCUGCAGGCCGUCAGCGCUGCCAUUACGCCUGGGCCCAUGAUGACAUCUCCACCCUCACAGCCUCCAAUCUCCUCAAGCGCUACGCCGAGAAGUACUCCGGCGUGCUCAGUGCUCCCUAUGAUAGGCCCGCCCUGGGGGGCUACGCAGAGGCCGCCUUCGGAGCCAUCAACGGGGCCAAAGGAGAGGUGGACUCCUGGCCUGGGACCCCCGGGACGGAGCCCCCAUACCCAGUUACCUCCCUCCAUGAGGGUCUUCCAGGAGCCAAGGCAGUCAGUGGGGGCGUGGGAGCAGGGUCGGGGGGCCUGGCAGGAUCCCCCGUUUUAGCCGGGAAUCUUCCUGAGCCUCUAUACACUGGCAAUGCCUGUGGGGGCCCAUCUGGGGGGCCUGAGUAUGGUCCAGGAUAUGGUGGGGGAUACCUUACCACUGGCUACUGUGGGCAAGCAAGUGCAGCUCUGCCCCCCCCACCCUCAGCGGGGCUCCUCCAGCCUCCCCCUCCCCCUGGCUAUGGCCCUUCCAGCUCCCUGUACAACUACCCCUCAGGGGGCUACCCAGCUCAGCCUGGAUUUGGGGGCCUCCCCCCACCCCCACCCCCCACCCCUUACCUUUCCUCGGGCCUGGCAACACCCACCCCUUUGCCCCCACCAGCCCAUGCCCCUCCCACACCCGCAGCCUACAGUUUCCAGCCCCCCACCCCAGGCAGCGAGCCCAGCAUUUCACUGAAGCGCAAGGCCUUUGACGAAGGUGGGGAAGGCCGAUACCACAAAUGUGGCUAUGAGCCCGCCAAGCCCGCCAUCCCUGACGGCCCCCCCUACCCUCCUUCAAACAAUGGCGAAUGCCAAGGCAACGGGUUCCCAGGGAAGCUGCCAGGGGCCAGGGAGGAGGUGUCGGGAAAAUAUGGCGGUGGAGGGGCCCCUUCUCUCAAGGGAUUGGGCUCUCCAGCUUACAGCCCACACCCAGAGUCCUUUGAGAAGUUCCCCGAACGGGUGUCGGCGGAGCGAGGGCUGGUCCCAACCUCUCGGGGGGGCUUUGCUGUCCCCGGGGAGCCUCCCAAGGGUGUGGACCCUGUGGCUCUGGAACUAGUGACCAGCAAGAUGGUGGACUGCGGCCCCCCGGUGCAAUGGGCCGACAUCGCGGGACAGGGCCCCCUCAAGGCCGCCCUGGAAGAGGAGCUGGUGUGGCCCAUGCUGAGGCCGGCCACGUAUUCGCGAGGGCCUUGCCCACCCCGGACUCUGCUGCUUUUUGGCCCUCGGGGUGCAGGAAAGUCCCUUCUGGGCCGCUGCCUCUCCACCCAGCUGGGCUCCAUGCUGCUGCGCUUGAGCGGGGCAGCCUUGGCCGCCCAGGGGGCCGGGGAGGGCGGGCGCCUGCUCCAAGCUGCCUUCUUCGCCGCCCGGUGCCGUCCGCCCGCCGUGCUGGUGAUCAGUGAGCUGGAAGCCCUUCUGCCUGCCCAGGAUGAGGCCCCCGCUUCUGGAAGCCUGCAGGCCCAGCUCCUGGCCUACCUGGACGGGGGCGGUGGCUCUGGUGGGGAGGGGGUAGUGGUGGUGGGCACCACGCCCCGCCCGGGGGCACUGGACGAGGCUGCCCGGAGGCGCUUUGCUCACCGGUUCUACGUGCCCCUCCCUGACGCGGCUGCCCGCGGGCAGAUCCUCCAGCAGUCGCUGGCCCAGCAGGGCUGCGGGCUGAGUGAGGGGGAGCUCUCCGCCCUGGUGCGGGGCACCCAGGGAUACUCAGGAGGCGAGCUGGUGCAGCUGUGCCAGCAGGCCGUGGCCAGAGCCGGAGCUGGGGGGGGCCUCCCGGGGCUGCAGCCGGCCCCCUCCUACAAAGACUUUGAGGCAGCCUUGGCCAAAGUGUGUCCCCAAGCAUCCCCCAAGGAGCUGGACUUGUAUGUGGAAUGGGACAAGAUGUAUGGCACAGGACACUGAGGGGUGGGGGGGAUGCCCUCCAACCCCCUCGGCAGGGAGCGAUGACUACUUUGGGAUGUCUCUGUAACCAGACUGAUAUCAGGGAGGGGUCUGCGGUGGGGAGGGAGGGGAGGGAGGGGAAUCGGUGUGAGCUGCUUCCUUCCGCGGUGAGGAAGAGGCUUUGGCCCUGCCUGGUCACCCAGGGAAGGCUCGAUAUACUCAGGUCUCUACUAUUUAUUACCCAGCCCUGGGCUAAGUGACCUCAGGUCCCAGGAGCCUUUCUUCCCAUCUGUCCCUCUUUGUGGAGAGGAUUGUCUUGUUCUCUCUUCCCCCAUCUCAUCUCCAUCUUUACUGGCCUCUCUCUUCUCUUCUUGUCUAGCUCUCUCCAGUUCCAUCCAUCUUUCUGCGUGUAUUUCCCUUUCUCUUGUUAACUGCCAUCUCUUUCUGUAGCUCCUCCUUCUUUUCUCGAUAUCUAUUCAUCUCUGACUUUCUGUCCCUAACAGAUAGCCGGAGCAGUGUUCAUGAAUAGCAGACAAAGGGGUCUGUAGCCUCUGUCUGUUGUUAAAGAUCCCAGGAAUGGAGAAAUAAUUCAAUACUCUUUAUUUCCGUCUCCUUCCUGGGACCAAUACUCUGCUAUCCCGGGCUGCCUUCCAGCCUGUGGGAGCCAAAAAAAAAAAAAAAAAAAAAAAAAUUAAAAAAGAAAAAAAGCCAAAUAAUACCCCAAGCAAGGGAUUUUUUUUUUUUGAGUGGGGGGAGUAGUGUGUUUCAUAUUCUAGACCUCCCUAUUAUUUUUGUAAGGUUUGUAGAAGUUGCUGUUUUCUGUCUUUUUUUUUUUUUUUUUUUUUAAUGACUCAGGAAGAAACCCCAGAAAGAAUGUCUUUGAAUAAAGCUGCUCCCUUAGCUUCCCUAUUGGGGCUGAGAGCAACUUCUCCCAAAAAAGGGCUUAGGAAAUGGGACUAGUAUCAAAAACUUCUUGACUCUGGCCCUCCUCCCAACUCCCAGCUCUUUCUGGAAGAGAAGCUGAAUGUAUUUCUGGGGCUUCCUCUCCAGGUCUGAGGCCAUAAGUACAAAGAUUUGGGAGGGAGCUGCUGGAUUUGGUUAUUUAAGGCAGGGGAUGUUCCCUAGCCCGGAAUCCCCUCUAUCUUGGAUGUUCUCCUAUCUCCCCCUCCCUAUCUCUCUGCCUGUCUCCUGCUGGAUUCUGUAGAAAAGUUGUGAGUUUUGAAAAAGCUAUUUGAAAAAAACACAAACAAACCCAAAUCCUACUAUGCAUCCUGGGAUCUUCCCUAUCCCAAUUCCAAAGCUCUAUGUGCUGGUCAUCUCCGGAGCUGGGAGAAGGAAGAACUCUCAGUGGUUUGGCAGGACUUCAAAGGGCUCUAACGAAUGGAGGCUAGGAAGGGAAGAUCCUCAAGUCACGCGUCUUGUCUGCUGGGAUUUAGGACCCCAUCCAUCACUGGGAUGUAAAUUUGUGCUGAGAUGUCCCUGGAAGGUUUUUGGUUUUCAGUUGGUGGGAAGUGAGAGGCAGCUAUAGUGCCAGUAGGAGCUCCUGACUCCUGGGCAAAUAGUUCUCAGCAUUACCUUAGAAGGUUCAGGAAAGUUGAGUUUUCCAGAAUUGGAAUGGGAAGAGGAUUGAUGUCCUGGUUCUAAUAAUAAGGAAAACGUCAUCUGAGUGCCCUGAAUUAGAGAGCUAAGGGGAGGGAGGUGAAGUGAAAUGUAUUUCUUCCUCCCUCCCUUUGCUCCCAUCGAUACCAGGGACUCCCAGUAGAUUUGUCAUGGACACUUCUCCAGAGAACUGAGGCAAACCCAAAGGAUCUUCCCCAUUCUGCCCAUCUCUCAAAGUACAGGGGAUUCAGGGUGGGGAAUAGUUAGAUAGUGCCAUAGGUGGGUGUCUUCCUGUUGGCCUUGGGCUAUUUGUACCAAGCUCCUCCCUGGUCGUUUCCCCUCUCCCCCAUCUCACUGGGAAGGCCUUUAUCUCAGAAAUUCAGAAUUUCCCACACAUCCAGAUGCCCAGGCCUCUUGUGCUAUAACCCACAUGUGGCUAUGACCGAUGGAAGGUGUUUCUGUGCCUUGGUCUAUGGAACUAGGAGUAGGGACAGUUAUUAGCACCCAAUUUCAGAUUUAUUUCCUGAUAGCCUGUCUCUGCCACACUCUUCUCUCUUCCUUCCCUGUCUGCAGAGUCUCGAUUACUUUUCAUUCCUGUCCCAAACUUACCCCCCCUGACCUCCCCUCAUCAUCCUGGGUCCUCUGGAUUCCCUGAGCGUUGUGCCAGGAUGAAGGAUACUCUAACUGGGACCUCUCCUUUCUAAAUGAAGCCAGUGAUUUCCAUGGUCCCCAAGGAUGUGGCCUAGCCUGCAACAGUGGCCUUUCUUGAUGCAAUCAUCAAGCAACCCAAAAUUAACCUAAGCCUACCCAAGUUGCUCUUGAAAAAGGGGGAAGGGAAGAGGCAACAUGGUCUAGAUUAUCUAAGCUAAAGGGCAAAGAGGAAGCAUGGUAAAGGUCCUUCAGCUCCCCCAGUUCCCAGGCUAGGUUAGAAGCUUUUAGGAUGAAGCUGAGGGCUCUGGAGGGGAUGCUUUGCCAUCUCUGAGAUCCUUCCUGGUGGGGUUAGGCCAAGAGAAGCUCUGGACCACUUAGGAUCUAGCUGCCUCAAUCCUGUUCUUUCAGGCUUGGCACAGUCUGUGAGACCCUGGGGAUGCAGUGCCCACGGCCUUGCCCCAGUGAGUGUAGGAGAGGGAAUCAUCCCUCCUUAAUUUCAGCUGUCCUCUUUCCUCCCCAUGUCUCUGCCCUCACUCUUAUUUCUAACCCUUUUGCCCUCUAUCCUUUAUUUCCUUCUCUAUAAAUCUAGCCCUACCCCCAGGCUCCUUAGUAACUGCAGGACUAGUCAUGUCACAUAGGAAAAAAACUUUGGGAGGAUCAGGGAAGAGAAGAGAUUUGUAGGUUGCCACUCAGACUUUUUUUUUUGGUGGAGGACUGGGAGGGAAUGAAUCUAUGUUCUGGAGAAGUGGAUGGAUAGCACUGAUUUUACAAAUUUCCCACAGACACCAGCCUCCAGGGAAUUUACCUCUGAUUUGCAGACUUGGCUGUCUGGCAGAGAUAUGUUUAUAGAUCUCUCACUAACCACUCCCUCCCCUCCCAGGGGACUCAGGGAUCCUCUUUUUUGCCAGAUACUCUCUCCCCCCCCCCUCACAUUAUUGUAUUUGCCCAGUCCCCACUUUGCACAUGGGGAAAGUUAUCCCUUGCCCCCCUAGAUCCCCCAGAUGUCUCAAGUCUGCCCAUCUAUACAAUGGGGACAUAGAGAUUCACCUACCUCAAGGGGAAUUGGGUGGGGAGGAGGGCUAAAACAUCUUUAGGUGACAGUGGAGGGAGUAGAGUUCAAGAUUUCAGGUUUUGGGUCGGGGGGAGGCUGGGAGGGUUUACCAAAGAAUCCAGGGGCAGGAGGUCUGGGAGGGACCAGUGCCCUACUUUACCACCUGGUCCUUUUCUUCCUCCCCCCAGAUUUUGUUGGGGGAGGAGGUGUGUAACUAACCAUUUCUACCUCAUUUUGCAAUGUAUUGUACAUGGGCAUAUUUAUCUCCUGUCUGACCCAUGCUCUGGAGUUGUGGUCUGUCUACCUCAGAAAAGACUGUAUUUUAAAGAAAAAAAAUUGUAUUACACAGUAUUAAAGAGAUGAUGUGA